AUGCCCAUGAAGGAUAUUUCGGCACUUCGUUGUGGUCAUUUAUUCCAUUUUCGUUGUAUCAAAUAUUGGCUUACUGAGCAGGAGACAUGUCCAGAAUGUCGUAAGCCAUCAAAACCUGAUGACAUUGUAGCAUCACUCUAUUUUCAUGAUGAUAUUGGUGACAGGAGAAGCAUAAUUGUUGACACGUAUUCUGAUAGUAGCAGUAUGAAUGACUCUGAAAAAUUGGACACUUACAAUGAUCUUCUAAAAAAGGCAAUUAUUCUACAUUUUGCAUAA